GGACAUUUGGGAUUGCAGGAAGUGAGAUGAUCACUUCGGAAGCUGCUUAGGGGCGCAACUGGGCGCGGUCCCAGCGUUCUCCCAGAACCGCAGUGUGCCACGCGGCUAUUCCUGCGGCCAAGGGAUUUUCCGCGCGCAGGGAGUGCGGCUUGCCAGGUGGGGGCGGCUGCUGGGCGGGGCUUCCCUGGGCCCGCCCCUUGCCCAGGUGAGGCGCCGGAGCCUGGGGCGCUACGGGAUGGUGCGCCCCCGCAGUGCUCAAGAGGUGUAGGGUGCCUGGCUGUCGGGUUGUCGGGCCAGGCCUGCUUGACGCCCCAGGACUGGCCGGGCCGGCCGGGCCUCUGGCGGGGGUGGAGGAGGGUGCCGCGCCCUGCCCGGCCCAGGUGUCGUCUCCGGGGGCGGAGUUUGGGAACCGGGCAGCGAGAGCUUCCCGGCCGCACCGGCAAGCGGGCGUCGAGAGACAGCGGCGGACGAGACCAGGCGCGGCCAGGCGGCUCUGGGAACGCACCGAGUAGGUAAAGGCGUGGGGCAAUCAGCAUGUUCUCGCGAAACCACCGGAGCCGGGUCACUGUGGCCAGGGGCUCCGCCCUGGAGAUGGAGUUCAAACGCGGCCGCUUCCGACUCAGCCUCUUCAGCGACCCGCCCGAGCUGGGAGAACAGCUGCCACCAAAGCAAGACUGGACACUCUGUGCCUAGAGACCCCUCUGCAGCUGGUCUCUCUUCCUGGGACCCUGCUCAUUCUCACCUCGCUUUCCUCCCCUCCCAUGCCUGGCUCCCACCAGGGCCCUGGAACAGUGGUAGGCAAGGAAGGUUUGUCCCAGCAGCCUGAGGGGUGUGACAGGAGCGCAGAGGGACAGGGGCAGCCUCUGCCCUCCGCCCACUCUUUCAAGACCAGGGGAGCAGCGGGAGGAGGAAUUGUGGAGCAGCGUGGAGACUGCCCAGCACCCCCCCUCUGGAGGGGUCCACAGGGGAAGGGACACUGGGGGCACAGAGAUGCAGGACAGAUUGCACAUCCUGGAGGACCUGAAUAUGCUCUACAUUCGGCAGAUGGCGCUCAGCUUGGAGGACACAGAGUUGCAGAGAAAGCUAGACCAUGAGAUCCGGAUGAGGGAAGGGGCCUGCAAGCUGCUGGCAGCCUGCUCCCAGAGAGAGCAGGCUCUGGAGGCCACCAAGAGCCUGCUGGUGUGCAACAGCCGCAUCCUGAGCUACAUGGGCGAGCUGCAGCGGCGGAAGGAGGCGCAGGUGCUGAGGAAGACUGGCCGGCGGCCUUCAGAUAGCGGGCCACCUGCUGAGCGCUCCCCUUGCCGAGGCCGUGUCUGCAUCUCCGACCUCCGGAUUCCACUCAUGUGGAAGGACACAGAAUAUUUCAAGAACAAAGGCGACCUGCACCGCUGGGCUGUGUUCCUGCUGCUGCAGCUAGGGGAACACAUUCAGGACACAGAGAUGAUCUUGGUGGACAGGACCCUCACAGACAUCUCCUUUCAGAACAACGUGCUCUUCACCGAGGCAGGGCCAGAUUUUGAACUGCGACUGGAGCUGUACGGAGCCUGCUUGGAAGAGGAGGGGGCCCUGGCUGGAGCCCCCAAGAGGCUUGCCACCAAACUCAGCAGCUCCCUAGGCCGCUCCUCUGGGAGGCGUGUCCGGGCGUCACUGGAGAGUGCGUCAGGUUCGGGGAGCAGUCCCAUUCUGCUCCCCACCCCAGCUGUGGGUGGUCCUCGUUACCACCUCUUGGCUCACACCACGCUCACCUUGGCGGCAGUGCAGGAUGGGUUCCGAACACACGACCUCACCCUCGCUAGCCAUGAGGAGAACCCCGCCUGGCUUCCCCUCUAUGGUAGCGUGUGUUGCCGCCUGGUGGCUCAGCCUCUCUGCAUGACUCAGCCUACCGCCAGUGGUACCCUCAGGGUGCAGCAAGCUGGGGAGCUGCAGGACUGGGCGCGAGUGCAUGGAGUCCUGAAAGGCACAAGCCUCUUCUGUUACCAGCAACCCGAAGACGCAGACACUGGGGAAGAGCCGUUGUUUACUAUUGCCAUCAACAAGGAGACUCGAGUCCGGGCAGGGGAGCCGGACCAGGCUGCAGGCCGGCCCUUGACCCUGAGCAUCAGUAACCGGUAUGGGGAGGAUGAGGUGACACACACCCUUCAGACAGAGAGCCGAGGAGCCCUGCAUAGCUGGAUGGAGGCUUUGUGGCAGCUUUUCUUUGACAUGAGCCAGUGGAAGCAGUGCUGUGAUGAAAUCAUGAAGAUUGAAACCCCUGCUCCCCGGAAACCACCCCAAGUCCUGGCCAAACAGGGGUCCUUGUACCAUGAGAUGGCUAUUGAGCCGCUGGAUGACAUCGCAGCGGUGACAGACAUCCUGGCCCAGCGGGAGGGCACAAGGCUGGAGACACCCCCACCCUGGCUAGCAAUGUUUACAGAACAGCCUGCCCUGCCUAACCCCUGCUCACCUGCCUCAGUGGCCCCAGCCCCACCUCGGACCCACCCCAUGCCCUGGGGGCGACCCCGAACAUUCUCCCUGGAUGCCGUCCCCCCAGACCACUCCCCUGGGGCUUCCCGCUCCGUUGCCCCUCUCCCCCAGCAGCGAUCCCCACGAUCCAGAGGCUUCUUCAGCAAAGGCCCACCCCGCACUUGGCUCCAGUCGCCAGUCUGAGAGAGAAAGGUGCUGGCCGCAGGAUCUGGCCAGAGGAAGAGACAACCUACAAGCAGCUGGGCUCCGGGUGCGGCGCUGUCGGCAGCAGGUUGGCCAGCUUGGCCUCCCCUUCCUCUGCUGGACUGGGGGUAGGCUGGGGGGUGG